AUGACCGAGACCACCGUCAGACUUCAUAUCACCCCCCUAACUCCUGAUAUCCUCCCGGCCGUCCUGCCACCCUCCCUCCGCCAAACCGCUACCGACAUUUCCUUCCACACGAUUCCCACAUUCCCCGAAAACAGUUACGGCUAUAUUACACUCCCCGCCAUGGACGCCGAGAAGAUCAAGAAGAAGCUCAAUGGCUCUAUUCUCAAGGGCAAGAAAUUCAAGGUCGAGGCUGCCCGUCCUUCGAAGAGAGAACGGGACGCCGAGGAUGUUGACGCCGGAGCUCGCUCGGACGAAGAGAAGAAGGAGAAGAAAAAGUCCAAGAAGCGUAAGUCCGAGGAGCAAGAAGACGGUGUGCUAGAGGGCUACGAGCUCCCCUCCGACCGCAAGGUCAAGCGUGGAUGGACAGAGCCUUCCAAGAAGGACCGACGAAGGGCUGAGAAGAGCAAGAGCAAGGGCGAUAAAAAGGAAAAGCCCCAGUCCAAGUCCAAAUACACCGAGAAGGAGGAGUGUCUAUUCCGAGCGACGAUCCCUCCCAAUCGCAAGUCCCUGGACGCUAUCGACGAGAAAAAGGCCAAGAAAGUAAAGAAAGGCUCUGAGAAUGUUGUCCACGAGUUCGCCAAAGCAACCACCUACCCCAGCUUCCUCCGCACAUCAGGCGAGAAUGCUGUCCCAACGUCUGAAUUUGACGAAGGGAAAGGCUGGGUGGAUGCUUCGGGCAAGGUGAAGGAGGCUGCGAGUGAAAAGGCUCGCAGACAUGACUACCACCCAGGACAAAAGGCGGGUGCCAAAGUGAAGAAAGCAGAGGUCCAAAAUUUGGUGAAGAAGAAGGAAAAGUCUCCAGAGCCUGAGAGUGAAUCUGAAGAUUGGACUUCGUCCAGUGGGUCUUCCUCUGAGAGUUCUGACUCUGAGAGUUCCGACUCUGAGAGCGAAGCCGAUAGUUCGUCUGAUGAUUCAUCUGAUUCCUCUGACGAGGAAGCGGAGGAAAAGACAGUCCCCACAAAAGAGACCACAAAGCCAGCUCCUGCCCCUGUGCCCGAGAAAGCUUCUGACGCAUCAAGUUCAGACUCGGACUCGGACUCGGAUUCUGAUUCUGAAAUGGCUGAUGAGUCUGCUCAACCAGUGGAAGAAUCUUCAACCCAAGAGGUUCAUCCUUUGGAAGCACUCUUCAAGAGACCUGCUCCCGCAUCAACCGAGGAAGUCGCAGCACCUGCUCCCACUGCCGGGUUCAGUUUCUUCGGCGGCGACGAUAUCGAAUCCGAAGAUGAGCCGCAGUCUGCAGAGCCUCAAACCCCCUUCACGCCAUUCACCAAGAAGGAUCUCCAAAUCCGAGGCUUGCGUAGUGCAGCACCUACACCCGACACUGCUAUGGUGAAUCGCCGGAUGAACUGGACCGAGGCGGAUGAGGAGGAUGAGGAGGAGGAAGAGAUCUCUAUUGAUACCCCCGUUUCUAAACCUCGGGAGAAGGAAGCGCCCAAGGAGGAGACUGAGUUUGCCAAAUGGUUCUGGGAGAACCGUGGCGAGAACAAUCGUGCCUGGAAGAAGAGGCGACGCGAUGCGGCCAAGGAGCAGAGACAGAGAGAGAACCGGAAGAAGGCACCAACAUCCUUCUGCAAAUGCACCUGCUUCUCAAACAGCACAAUCAUCCCCCUGGACCCAGGCAAAUCCAGCUCCGGCACCUCCGGCCUAAACAACGUCUACCACCUCUACGAACGCGCGUUCAACACCGGACCAGACUCCGAGCUCGAUCUAGAAACUCAACAGCAACAAAAGAAACAGCAACAGUCCGAGGUUAAAACCGACUCUGAAGGAAAUGAUAUAAUCACCGAGCGGGCGCAGAAAUACCGCGCGUUGAGCUGUAAUGAUUGCAAUCGCAAGUUCUGUUUGGAUUAUGAGUUGCCGAUUUGUAAGGAUGCGAAGGAGGAGGAUGUUUUUACGACUUGUUUUCAGCGAGACUCCCGAAAGGACGAGGCGGUGGUAUUCAUUUUCAUCUUUGCGACUGGCGGGUUACUCGCGUGGGCUCUGCUCAAACCCUGGAUUGAGCGGUAUAUCGAGGCUGCGCGAGAACGCCGAUCAUAUAUGCCCGUGGGCGAACCCGAAAGCUAG